AGCGCACGCUGAGGAGCUUCGGCGUCCGGGGUUGGUGUUCCGAGUCUCCUCGUUGCCACUAAGCAGCACGGCGUGGGACCCUACUUCGGGAUUCACACAUCCACUUCAGAAUGCCGGGGCUAAGUUGUAGAUUUUAUCAACACAAAUUUCCUGAGGUGGAAGAUGUAGUGAUGGUGAAUGUAAGAUCCAUUGCUGAAAUGGGGGCCUAUGUCAGCUUGUUGGAAUAUAAUAACAUUGAAGGCAUGAUUCUUCUUAGUGAAUUAUCCAGACGACGUAUCCGUUCUAUAAACAAACUGAUCCGAAUUGGCAGAAAUGAAUGUGUUGUUGUCAUUAGAGUGGAUAAAGAAAAAGGAUAUAUAGAUUUGUCAAAAAGAAGAGUUUCUCCAGAGGAAGCAAUCAAAUGUGAGGACAAAUUCACAAAAUCCAAAACUGUUUAUAGCAUUCUUCGCCAUGUUGCUGAGGUAUUAGAAUAUACCAAGGAUGAGCAGCUGGAGAGCCUGUUCCAGAGGACUGCCUGGGUCUUCGAUGACAAGUACAAGAGACCUGGAUACGGUGCCUACGAUGCUUUUAAGCAUGCAGUCUCAGACCCAUCUAUCUUGGAUAGUUUAGAUUUGAAUGAAGAUGAAAGAGAAGUACUCAUUAAUAAUAUCAAUAGGCGUUUGACCCCACAAGCGGUCAAAAUUCGAGCAGAUAUUGAAGUAGCUUGCUAUGGUUAUGAAGGCAUUGAUGCUGUAAAAGAAGCCCUGAGGGCAGGUUUGAAUUGUUCUACAGAAACCAUGCCCAUCAAGAUUAAUCUAAUAGCUCCACCCAGGUAUGUGAUGACAACAACGACCCUGGAGAGGACAGAAGGCCUGUCUGUCCUCAAUCAGGCUAUGGCAGUUAUCAAAGAGAAGAUCGAGGAGAAGAGGGGCGUCUUCAAUGUUCAGAUGGAGCCCAAAGUGGUCACAGAUACAGAUGAGACUGAACUUGCAAGGCAGCUGGAACGGCUGGAGAGAGAAAAUGCAGAAGUGGAUGGAGAUGAUGAUGCAGAAGAAAUGGAAGCCAAAGCUGAAGAUUAACGUUUUGGCAAACAGUCCAAUUUAAGGAGUACGAAGCAGCCCUUCCUGGCUGUCAACCCUAGACUUGAGAGUUUUCCAGUAUUGAAAACUUCAAAGCUGAAUAUUUUUAUUUCCAAGUAUUUAAGUAUUCAACAAGCCAGAAUCUAAAUGCCCUCCUUCAUGUCAGCUGUUUCCACAUAGUGGCUCUAACACCUCAAGCAUUUUUCAAGGGAGUGGCUUGAUUUGACCAGAGACAAAUCUUAAACAGCAGUCCUAAUAUUGGGCCUACAGUUUCCAUUUCUCAUGUCUCUGGAAUGGCACCCUUAUGGUUCAGAGAUUUACCAGGGACUCCAAACACAAACAAUCCCAAUCUUUCUAUAUAAAAUGUAUUCAAGCAAACAUCAAAUAAAUUUCUGGGAUAUUUAAUUGUAGGCUUCUUCCUUCUUGUCACAAGUUAAAGCCAAUCUGAAUGCUCAGAUCCUAAUUAUCUUCAUAUGGUAGAACUCAAUGGGCAAGUAACUAAAUGACUUAUGCAGGAACAGACUCUCCAAAGGAAUGUUAGAGAAGAAAUUAGGAAUUUGACCCCUGGUAGAGAAAAACCUUGAAAUCAAUUAAAGAUUUAUGUGCCUGUUAACUUACUUGAAAGCAGUGAUAACUUGUGUGAGAAGUCAUCACACUCAGUCCCUUUGGUUUAUUCUAAGCUACUUACCUUGAAUUCAUAAUUCAAGGGGUAUUUUAAUGUGCUGCUGCUUUGAUGGAGUUAUUUUGAGCAGCAUCACCCAUCUGAAGGGGACAGUUUCCUCUAUCUGGUAGGUGCUACCUAAUUCUUGAGUUGUGUGUAUGUGUGUGUGUGUGUGUAUAUAUACAUACAUGGUUUUAUAUAUAUAUAAACCACACAUGAUGUGAUUUAACAAAAUUUUUAAUCCCAUUUUUACCUUCUCAAACUAGCUACUUUAAAGGUUAAUGUGCAAAAUAAUUUUUUCAAAUAACACAAAGUUACAGCUACAAUAUCACAUGUAGAAAGUCUUCAUUUAGUUUGGCAUGCUUAUCUUAGGAUAUGUAUACUAUUUAUUAUCUGUAAGCAAACUUGAAACUAAGUCAGUCCAGGACUAGACAUCAUGGGAAGAGUUCUAGAGUUGGGUACAGAAGCACAUGCUGAUGGCUCCAGUACUUGGAAAGUUGAGGAGGGAAAAUUCCUUGAGCCAAGAGUUGCUGAUCAGCCUGGACAACCACUGCAAGACUCUGUAUCAAAAGGAUUGGAAAUUAGAAUGUUGAGAGAUGUUUUAUGCCAUUUAUGAAAGUUCUUUUGUUUAAUCUACUGGUCUAACCUUGUGUGACCCAUUUCCGAGGAGCCAUGCUUGCUAGUCUGCAUACCAUGUUGCUAGUAUUUAGGGACUCUGAAUGUACUCCAGAUUGGCUGACUACAGCAGUGGUUCUCAACCUUCCUAAUGCUGGGACCUGUCGAUACAGGUCUUCACAUUGAGGUGACCCCCCAACCAUAAAGUUAUUUUUGUUACCACUUCAUAACUUUAAUUUUGCUACUAUUAUGAAUCAUAAUAUAAAUAUCUGGUUUUUGAUGGUCUAGAACAACCACUGGUCAUGCAUCAAGAAGCAAGUUUAGGGCCAGGUAUGGUAGUGCAUGCCUUUAGUCCCAUCAUAGACAGUGGCAGUUGGAUCUCUGAGUUCAAGGCAUAGCUGGUCUAUAUAUACCAAGUUACAGGUCACCUAAGACUGCAUAGUGAGACUGUCUCAAUUUUUUUUUCAAGUUUAUAAAAGAACAUGAAGGUGUUACCAAAGCUGCAAUAGUAACUGUAAUCUCAGAUAAUUCAGAGACAGAAUACACAUAUUUUAAGGAUUUAGAAAUAUAGCUAAGUUGGCCUGGUGCAUAGCUAGCAAGUCAAGGCCCUGGGAUCAAUCCCCAUUACCACAGAAGAAAAAAUGUAUUAUCAAGUAUAGCAAGCGCCCUUUUCCUAGGGAUUGUUUACUGAAAAGUUUUAUAUUUAAGAGAACAAUUUAGUCAGGUUGGUGGCAUAUAUCUUUAAUUCCAGUACUUGGGAGGCUAGCCUAGUUUUCAAAGCAAGUUCCAGCGCUGUUACACAGAGAAACCCUGUCUCC